AGCUUGAAAAUUUGGAAAUUCAACAAUUUAGAAGUACAGAAAUCCAUCCAUGGGAUGUAGCAAUUUGGAGAUUAAGAAAGUGUACAAACUCGAGAGCACAAAAAUUUAAGAAUUGACAAACUUCUUUCGAAAUCCAUAAGUUCAUAACUUCAAAAAAUUAAAAACUCAUCAAUUUGUAGCUAUCGUUUCCCCGAGGUGAAACAUGCCUAAUGAGCGCCAUGACUAAUGAACCCUAGAUGACUCAAAAAAUCCCCGAAGAUAAGAAAUCGCUAACCGUUGGCAUCGUCGGCGUGUAAGGGCGCCAGUAGCAUCGGUAGCUCGAGUGGAAAUUCUUGAUGCGCGACGUCGCAAAUCAAUUAAUGAUCUACGAUCUACGAUCCACUUGCAAUAAUCUCUCCCACCAUCGUCGUCAAAGAUAGCGCACGUGCGUACGCCCGGACGGCAACACGUCGCAUCUGAAUGCACAUGAAGCGACUGAAGUACCGACAAACGACCUGAGGCUUCUUUUAUCAGUCAACCACGACCGUGUGAGGCAAACGGUCGAGUACGCGCGACACUGCUGUAUUUUCAGUGUGACGGUUUUUCCGAUUCGCGAUCCGGUUCGAUUAUCCUCGUACACGAUUUUUAUUGAACGCUGGAUCGAUCGUCGAUCGCAGUGUUCGUCGAGGACUCGAGAACAGGUUUUCGUUUAACGGAACGAAUACCGCUACUCGCGAAAACCGACGCGAUUUUGAGAAAGGGCUCGAAGAGGCGCUGGUCAGAAGUGGCAGGGUUAAUCGAAGACCGAGGAACAAUACAGAUUUUACUAGGAAACGUCGACACGCUGGCGCAAAUUCUUCAAUAUAUUGUCACCACAUCAAGGCUGACCGAAAUAGGCAGGUCCGACGUGAAAGUAUCACAGGUCGAUCCCGGACUUUGCCAAUUUCGAAGGGGAUACUAUAAGAUUGUGCGUCAGCAUCGAACUCGGUAUGGUCGGUUUUCCGGACUCGUCGACUGAACCCACACUGCUGAACAUCACUGAUAUAAAGUUAACUGACAGCGCGGUUCACAAUGAGCGUUUAACAAACAAACUGAACGACAAGGGCGUCAAGGAUCACGCGUUCACUAUAGAACGGCACAACAUGUCGAACGGCAAGGAUAAUUAUGCGUUGGAUUUCGACUGUAUGGAGAAAGGCAACGACAACAAACUGAGUCCGUCAGCGGAGAUUAAGGCAGCGCCUGAUGUCGUGAAGAAAGUGGCAGCGGGUCUGAAAAACCCUAACGGACAAAAGAACAAAACGGACAUGUCACUGCCCAAUCUCGGUGGUGGAUCACUUUCCAGUGGAAGUUCCCUAGUGACGAUCUCUUCCGUCGAAAAUUCAGAUCCUGAUCCUGACUUUCGUAAUAACACGGACGGAUUCGGCAACAACUCCUUCAGAAACGAAAGAUGGUAUCAUACCACCCUGCAAGUCGCCGUGCCUUUCUUCAUCGCCGGAAUAGGUACGAUCGGAGCCGGUCUCGUUCAAGACCAGGUCAAGGACUGGCCAGUGUUUAAAGCCGUUUCUCAACUGUUCAUCUUGGUGCCUCCUCUGUUAGGGUUGAAGGGCAAUCUCGACAUGUGUCUCGCUUCUCGUUUGUCCACGCAAGCGAAUCUUGGAAAUAUGCACGGUUUCCGGGAAAUAGCGAAAAUGAUUAUCGGUAACAUUGCGUUGGUGCAGAUUCAAGCGAUCGUCGCAGCCAUUUUGGUCGCCAUUUUCGCCAUCGUUGUUAACGCCAUCACGGAAGGUGCCGCGUACACCUUCGUGUGGGACCACUGCCUGUUGCUGAUCGCCUCCAGUGUUUGCACUGCCACCAGUUCGUGUUUUAUUUUAGAUUUCGUAAUGAUCGCCGUAAUCAUGAUAUCGUUUCGAUGUAAAAUGAAUCCAGACAAUCUGGCUACGCCCUUGGCAGCGUCAUUCGGAGACGUAGUGUCAAUCAGCGUGUUAUCUACGAUAGCUUCAGCGUUUUUCGGACGGAUGUCCGGGGAACCUUGGCUUUUAUACGUCGUAAUCUGCUGCUACUUUCUGAUUUUACCAUUUUGGAUCUACGUAGUACUCAAAAAUAAAUACACAAGAAACGUUUUAACUUCUGGAUGGGUUCCGGUAUUAUCGGCUCUGUGUAUCAGUGGGUUAGGUGGCUUGGUACUCGAUCAAGUUGUCAAUUCUUUCAACGGAUUCGUGAUCUUUCAACCAAUCAUAAACGGAAUUGGCGGUAAUUUGGUUUCCGUACAAGCAUCUCGAAUCUCAACCACGUUACACCAGACGUCCAUUAUGGGGAUUUUACCGCCGCAUUCGAAAAUGUUCAUUGCGCCGUGGAAGGCGCUAUUUAAAGGCUCACCGUACGCGAAAACGGCCAGAAUACUCAUUUGCAUGGCAAUUUUUGGCGAAACGAUCUUCAUUUUCGUCGCUGACUACAUCAAAUACCGUACCUCGACGAUACACGUGUACUUCGUGCUGUCUUACAUCUUCGUGGCUGUUCUUCAGGUUAUGGUGCUGCUUUACGUAGCUCAUAUCAUUAUUCACGCUAUGUGGCGGUACAAAAUCGACCCGGACAACUCGGCCAUCCCGUACCUGACCGCUUUAGGCGAUUUGUCGGGAACGAUAUUCCUCGCUGCAGCGUUUUGGUUCCUAAUAAGUAUUCAUCAACCUUAUGGCAAGUAAAAAACAGUUGGACUGGCGGAGGACGCAAGGUAGAUUGCGUGUCAAGUUGUCAGUUUCGUCUGUGAUUUUUGGACGGUGUCGAGACGCACCGAUAGCAAAAAGUGUACAAAAGAAAAUGUCGAAGGACGUUGAAGAUUAACGAGGAAGUAUUUCGUAGAAUUCAACGUGUUAGUCACGGGUUGAAAGAGAUUGUUUUACUUCGUUAAGCGGAACGUCUUAAUGAUACGUGUACUACGUUAAUUAAUUGUCGCACGAUCAAAGGUACAGUUGAUCUUGAAAUACGUGAAGAGGAAAAUACAGUAACUGUAAGGCUACCGUAACUAAUUAGUUCGCGGGAACGACCUGUGUCAUGAUGUAAUCGGUUAUGUGACCCCUUAAGGAUACAGUCGUUAUUAAACGAAGGAAAAGGUCAACGUUGAUCGGCGAUUGUUCGGUAACGUUUCAAUUUUUUAUGAUCGGUUUCUUAAUUUUUAAUUGCAACAAGCACCGCUUGGCGAGUCGAUGGAACUCGAGAAAGUAUUUUAAACCGCAUAUUUGCGCGCAUUGUACAUUUAUCGUAUUAUCGUGUAUGAGCGGAAGACUAGUCAGUAUUUUAACACUGAUUAAGAAUCAUGUUGUAAAAUGAAGAUACAGUAGCUGAAUAUAAAUUUGUAUUAUAAUAGAUUGUUUUUUAACUUGAAGGAGUAUCACAUAGAUAUUUCAUAGAUUGUAGAUAGAAUUUAUUUCAAAAUCUUUUAUCGAUGGUAGAAAUUUAGGUGAAUUUUUUAGAGCUAGCAGAGUUAAUGUUACAUGUAUGGAAAGUUCUCUUUCUCUAAACUACUUGCUAGGAUAGUAAUAUUGUAGUAUUUUAAAUUAUUAAAAUUAUGUACAUUACGCGUUACGACAAUUAUGUAUUAUAUUUGAUGACUGCUUUUUUUAAUAUGGGGUCGAUGCUACCAUACAUUACUUGAAACAGUUUAAAUUGUUCGCAAAAUAAAUGGAAUUAAGUACACAAUGUUUUUAAUUCCUUAAGCAGCGCUGUAUCUAAUGAAUAAUAAAUUGUUUUGCUCUGUAAUCCUAUAUUUGUUAUGAGUUCGUGAAUGAUAGUUGCUUGAAUAAGACUACAUAAAUGUAAUUCAGGACUUAUUUCAUAACAACCACAAACCACAAUUACGUUAAACAAGACUGAGACAAUUAGUAUUCGAUACCUUUAUUUAUAGCAUGUUCCAUUAUACUUCACAAAACCUUAAUCAGGUUUGAACAAUAAAGAAUUUUAUGAUAUUA